AAAAAAUGAAUGGAAACACCACAAGUCAAAAAAGUCUCAACCUUUAAAAUGGAAUAAGUGAACAAAUCUUUUGACAAUGGUCAGGAAUUAAACAAAGCAAGCACUCAAGAACAGAAAGAGAAGUGGAUGUUGCUUUAAGGGAUUAACAAAGAGUAAGAGCUCACAAAAGGGGUUACAUGAUUUGAGAGCAUGCCGCCUUUUUUUUUUUCGGUGUGUAAACACAGUCCACAAAUGCGAAAAGGAAACACUUAAAAAAGACGUCGGCCACUACGCAUACUUUUGUCUUUAAAAAGAAAAUUUGUGGUGCCAAUGCUUGAAAUAGAUGCAUACCAUGAUAAAACUUUAUUUCAUAGAUUGAUCAUAAUGAGGAGAUGACAAGUUGUAGCAUGUCACAGGCUAUGCAAAUAUGGCAUCAUAUCGAAAUUAUUAAUGGCAAUUAGACAGACUUUUUCGGAGUGGAAGACAUGGUUUAAAACAUGGUGCUUAUACUUGGACACUAAAGUUUCUUUACUAGUUGCUUUCUUUGGGUCAUUAGUCUGCUUGUGAUCCUUAAAGCAAGAUCUACUGCUAUCAUGCAAAGGAUCUUUCUAUUGUAAGAGGAAAACAUAAGCUUCUCAUAAUACUCUAUUCUGAAAGAUAAAUCUAGAGAAAGAGAAUGUAUGGCUACCAUACUUCAUAUAGAAUGGAAAAAUUGUAAGGGCACUAUUCUUCUUUGAGAAUGUCAACAUUGGCAUGGCAAUUCACUUUCUUCUUUGAAUCAUUGAAACAGGAAGAGUAAAAAGAAAGACUGAGAACCUACUUCAGAAAUACUCCAAGUGAUGCCUUUGCUACAGUUCAGGCCAACAUCUAAACCGAAUAAAAGGAAAUAGGAGCUCAUAAAAAAUAAGCAAUUGAGUUUGAUUAAAAAAAACAAUGACAAGUGCUAUAUUAGAGUGAUAUAGCGAGCAUGAUUGGAAGAAGAUUGUGAGAUGGGUGAGAGAGAUAUGUAUGAAAGCAAAUGGAUGGCAGAAAACCAAAGGAUAGCUUCACCUUCAAAUAUCACCACUGUGGCUCAAGAUCUUUCUUCAUAUGAACCAGUUGCCACCGCAAGCUCUUCUUCACUUCUAGAACUUGAUGCUCUUUCCAUGAACUGGAGACGGGAAAUUCCCAGGAGUAAUGAUCAUCUUGCCAACUGGUUUCCUUCACCCAACCCCAUGCAUGCCCUCAAACAAGGACAGAUAAAAUCAGAGCUAUUUCUGAUUUCGAGUAAGCAUCAGUUAUCUUCUCAAACUGAUGAAGCAUCAUCCCAGUCUCUGGAGUCGAUAGUGAACAACCAAUUACUGUCAUCUAAUGAAGCUCAGUCACAGAAGCCUUCACCAGAAAGUAGUAGCAUUGCUUCCCAGCAGAAGCGCACAGUUUCUACCAUUUCUACACUCAAGUUGCAGGUUAGGAAAGAGAAACUUGGAGAUAGAAUUACAACUCUGCAACAACUGGUUUCACCCUUUGGUAAGACAGACACUGCUUCAGUCUUGUUGGAUACUAUUGAAUACAUCAAGUCUCUGCAUGACCAAGUAAAUGUACUGUUUGCUCCAUAUUCAAGGACGAACCAAUGGAUAGUUGAGGGAGAGAGUGAUCUGACAAGUAAGGGAUUAUGUCUAGUUCCGAUCUCCACAAUCAGCAAUGCUGCAUAUGACACUUCUAUGGAUGUUUGGACUCCCACUUUCGGCUCAACUUCUGUUCAAGUCAUUAAUCAACAAUCAGCCAUUCCACAAUCAUAUUAAAAGUGAACUACUUUUGGAGGUUUUCAAGCUUAUUCAUCUCAAGUCCAUCAACUGAAAGACAUAUGCUCACAUUCAUGGUUAUAAAUAAAAUAAAGGACAAGUGGCAAUGAUGGGUGCAUAUGAUACUA